CGCCCAAACAAUUUUAUCAUAGUUCGUGUUGUGCUAUUAAUGCUGAAUAAAUUUAUAGUUAAUAAUAUCAAAAAUCUAUGUCUUUUGUUUCAUCAAGAUAUAUUUUGAUAAACAAUGUAUUAACAUCUCAGAACACGUUUAGCAGUGCUGUGUUUUGAAAUCUCGAGAAUAACAAAACAAAUUUAUUAGUUAAUUCAUUAUAUAAUAAAGGACUAUUAUUUUAAUGAAAUGUUUCGUUCUGUGUCCUUGAUCCUGAAAUCAUCCUUCAAUAGCAAGCCAGUUUGUUUAUUUAGGCGUUUACAAAGGAAUGGCCAUAGAAGUUUUAAUUGCAUAUCAAAUAAAUCACAAAAUGAAACCAAUAUCCAAAGAGGAUUUAACGCCUAAAGAAAAAUUUAAAAAGGCUGCCAAGGAGUAUGGUUUUGUUUUAGUAGCAUUUCAUGUUGGUAUAUCUUUAAUGUCAUUAGGCUCAAUAUAUUUUUUCAUUAUCAAUGGUUUUGAUGUUCAACAAUGGAUAUCCUUCAUAGGAAUGUCAAAUACAGAUGAAAAUACCAAAAUUGUAGCAGGUGCUAGUCAAUUUAUCAUAGCAUAUGCAAUUCACAAAUCGUUAGCACCAUUUAGAAUAUCAAUUACACUUGUAUCUGUUCCAUUAAUUGUACGUUAUCUAAGAACUAAGGGUUUUAUGAAAAAAAAAAAUUAAAUUAUGUUUAUUCAAAUUAUAUACAACUUGAUAAUCAAUGUCUUUUGCUGCCUGGGUUUUUUUUGUAAAAAAAAUAAAAUAAUUCUAUAAAUGUUUAAAUAAUGAUUUUUGGUUUUGAAAGGGUUAGUAGCAACAUUUGUAAAUAUUUCCUAUUUUAUUUUACAUUUUUUUACUACUGUAUUGUAUUUAUUUUAUUUUUAAAUUUAACUAAAUUACUUUUUAAUAAUUUUGAACAUUUUAAAUAAAGUUAAUUAAAUUUUAGUAAACUAAAGAAGUUUUUUAACACCUAAAUAAAUAUUUUUGUUUCAUCAAAAUAGCAAUUUAUUAUCAUUUCAAGAAAAUAUGUUUAUAUAGUAAAUAAAGCAAUAACCAUAAAAAAUAAAUAAAAUUAUGGUUUUUUUGUUGUUUUAUUUAUUUACAUCUCAAAUAAUUAAGGACGGCUAUAAUAGCGAAGUAACUUAUAAGUUAAAAUUGAAAAACUACACAGAAUGUAUAAGCAUAAAUUAUACAAUCAGAAAGUAUUUUGAGGAGUGGCAUUUCUAUAAGACCUUAGUAUUAAAAAUAUGAACAUUUUUGAUCAUUUUAGUGCCUUGUGUAUUUG